AUCAAAGAUACCAAAACUGUUGGAUAAAAAAGCAUUAAAUGAAAAUCAACAAGAAAAUGUGGUGCCACUUGGGAAUGUUCGUAUAGUGAUAAACAAGCUUGAAGAAUUCUUAUCUGAUGAAAGGUUGGAACCUGAUGAAUUAAAGACUGGACAAAACCGACUUCUUGAGGAAGAAUUACCACCAGCCUCAUCACAAAAGAUCAAAAUCAGUGAAAAUGAAAGGUCAGUUGAAGAAGGUAUUACUCAAGAAGACAUAUUGAGCUCAGUUGUUGAAACCUUAAACAUUUUUAAGAAAGUUAAAUUUCCGGAGUAUUACAAUAAACUCAAAAAAAUAUGGAGUACCCAUGGAGUAGGAUCAAAUUACUAUGUAAUUGAUCUGAAAGAUAAAGAAAUAUUAAAUGAAGUACAUAGUCUUUUAAAUGAUGAAGAAUUAAAAUUGUUAUUUGAUAGGUUGAGUUUGGAAGAUGAGAGCAAAUAUAUGGAUACAAAGUCACUUGAAUAUAUGACAUUAUUUGAUAAAAUUAUAUAUGAUUAUUUGAGGGAUGAAAAUGGUGAUGAUGAGGUAGUUGAGAAAAAAUUUAUUGAAAUCAAAGAUGAAGCUAUUUCCAAGAUGGAAGAGAUAGUUUAUAGUUUGAAUGGCGUUUCAAGUCAUCUAAGUGCAACCAUGAGAAUGGAUGGAAUUCUCAAAGAUACAACAGAAAGAUCAUGGACUGCACAUAUAUUAGCAUAUAUGUUUUUUAUGACUUUUAGUUAUAUUAACUCUGUAAAAUAUUUCUCGUGUGAAUGUACAAUUUCAACAAAACUUGAUUCUCAAAUCACAGAUUAUAAAGCAGAUGGAGUUGCUGAAUUACAUGAACAAAUUCCCAUAUUUAUACUUGAGGUGUCAGGUGAACCUAGUGAUCCGGAUCCUGAUAAAAUUGAGGAUGAUAGACAGAAAUUAAUGAAAGAAGGUGUAUUUGGACUUAAUAAAUUUAUGGUUAAAACUGGUUUUCCAACAUGGAAAACUUGUGAAACUUUGGGAGUCUUUCUUGCUCAGGGAUCUGAAGACAAGCUUGAAAUUGGUCAAAUGAUUUACAUUGGACCUGGUUUAUAUUUAUAUUCACCAUUUACAACUCCAAGUCUUAUUAUCCCAACAUCUCCUUUUAAUAUACAACAUGCACCCAGAUUAAUUCGAGCACUUCUUUGUCUGCGAUUCAAUGUUAUUAAUAAGAUCAAAAGUUUUCAAAAACUUGAAAAAAAAAGUCAGCAAUACAUUAUAAAUCCUAUAUCAAAAUAUUCUACCAGUCUUACACCGGAUCGACCUCAAAUUGUGACAUUUGAUGAAUUUUUGCCCAAGAAAGACAAGGAGGAUAAAAAUAGACAAGAGAAUAUGGCUAGAGGUAGGGGAAGAGGCCAUGGAAGGGGGAAAAAGUCAUGA